CGUUGCGCCUUCUUCAUUCAACACGUGGAAGGUUACAUUUCCGUCAAAGGCCGCGGCUAACAUGGCUCUGAGGAACAAGUUCAUUAAGGAAGAAGGAUUUAUAACAUACAUUCCGAAGUACAAAUUAACUCGUCAAUUUGUUAUAAGAAAUAUUCCUCUCGACUUAUCCUUGGCUGAGCUAAAGACUGUAAUCGAGGAAGAGAAUCAAGAUAUUCUAAUCUCGGACCUCUUCAGGCUGAAAAGAAGAGAUCGCACCACUGGUAUUUGGUCGGACUCGGAGGCGGUCUGUGUCCAGAAAUUGGGUGAAGAAUUGCCGGACCAUAUAAAGAUCUAUAGAACAAUUGUUCAUACAUCACCGUUUCAAAGGUGUUUGCAAUGUGGCAGCGAGGACCAUGUUAGCUCUAAGGAGACGCCUUGUUCCGAACCAAAGAAAUGUAUCAAUUGCGAGGAAGAACACGCUACCAGUGAUAGAAAAUGCCCUAAAUUUAUGAAGAACCUCGAGAUUGCAAAAGUUAUGGCUGCUGAUAACCUUCCCUUUAUGGAGGCAAGGGCCUUAGUUCAGAAAAGAGAAAAUAAAAAUUGCCCGUUCUAUGACGAUCGGCGGCCGCCAGUGUUUUCUUCAAGAAACUUCCCUCUUCUUCCUUCAAAGGGCGGCACGUCUACGUCAAACUCUACGUCAAACUUUGCGACAAGUCUACAAUCCAGUUCGAGAGGAAGAACAUUCGCUGCUAGCCUUAUGAAGGUGGCUCCGGAGAUCUCCUCCAAACUCUUGAAAAUAAUGAAAAAGGCGUCUACCAUGAAGCAACUGGACCAACUGGUGACUAGGCUGGAGAAAACCAUGAAGCUCCAUGAGGAGACCUUAAAAGAAUAG